GAGCAGUAAUAUUGCGCUUCGGACGAGUAAGAAGUGUCUCCCCCGCCGGACCCGGCAUCAUUUGGAUAAUUCCGUGUACGGAUACAGUUAUAAUAAUUGAUCUUCGAACUCAAUCUUUCAAUGUGCUGCCCCAAGAGAUUCUUACGAAAGAUUUGGUGACCGUAACAGUAGAUGCUGUUGUGUAUUUUCACGUUUUGAAACCGUUGAACUGCUUGUUACACGUCCAGUCUCACAAACAUGCAACUGAAUUAUUGGCCGUGACUAUUUUAAGAAAUAUUUUGGGUCAAUAUACAUUGUCAGAUCUAUUGACAAACCGUGAAUCAAUCAGUCAAGCGGUUCGUAAAGAAAUAGAUAAUGGAACAGUAGAGUGGGGCGUCGAAGUGGAACGAGUAGAAAUAAAAGAUGUAAUCUUACCAUACGAAUUGCAAAAAGCUUUGGCUGCGGAAGCCGAGGGUACGCGUAUCGCUAAAGCAAAAAUCAUAGAAGCUGAAGGUGAAAUAAAAGCAGCAGAAAACCUUAGAGAUGCCUCGAAGAUUAUUAUGCAAAAACCUCAAACUAUACUUUUAAGAUAUUUGCAAUCGCUCAACUAUAUCGCCUCACAACAGAAAACAACAAUACUUUUUCCUUUCCCUAUUGAUAUUCCUGAUCAUCAAAAGUAAAUAAAAUAUUAAAAUUGAUCAGUUGGAUUUUUGGCAUGAACACAAAAGAUCGAAGAUGACAAGCUCAUUGAAAAAGUUAUGGUGCUAAUAUCAAUUAUUCUUGUCAUACUAACUUUCCCUCUAUCUCUCUUCUGUAUUUUUGUGGUCGUCCGUCAAUUUGAAAGAGCAGUAAUAUUGCGCAAUGGCAAAGUACAUAAAAAUCGCGCAUAUGGUCCAGGCCUUAUCUUCUAUUUACCUUGUGUUGAUACUAUCAAAUUCAUAGAUUUGCGAACAUUUGUUUAUUCUGUUCCACCGCAAGAUGUCCUAACUAAAGACUCGCUCACCGUAUCUGUGGAUGCCGUUGUAUUUUACAAAAUAACAGAUCCUGUUCUAGCUGUUUUAAGUGUAACCGAUUACAAACUGUCAACCCACUACCUAGCUGCAACAACACUUCGUAAUGCACUUGGAACAAGAAAGCUAUCAGAAGUGUUAGCAAACAGACCAGCCGUGAGUCACCAAGUAUUUGAACUCAUGAAACAUAUAAUCAGAGAUUGGGGAAUCCAGAUCGUCAGAGUUGAAAUUAAAGAUAUUCGUCUGCCCAUUCAAUUGCAAAAAGCGAUGGCGGUAGAAGCUGAAUCGACGAGAUUGGCAAAUGCUAAAAUCAUUGUUGCAAAGGCCGAAAUCGAAUCGACCAAGAACCUUGAACUAGCUACGGGUAUUCUAAUGGACAAUCCAAUAUGCAUGCAGCUCAGAUAUUUGCAGUCACUGAAUACUAUUGCCGGCGAGAAAACACACACAAUUGUUUUUCCUUUCUCCGUGGACACUUUUAAGAAGAUAUUUAAUAAAUGA